GUAAAAUAAUGGACUUGGUUCCCCCACAAAGCAAUAUCUUAGGCUCAAACCUCGUAGCAAACAGCACAGCAACGCCUAUUUCCACAACUGCUCCGCCAUCGACCACCCCGAGUCGCUAUGAGAACCAGAAGCGUAGGGAUUGGAACACUUUUUGUCAAUACCUGAGGAGCCAAAGGCCUCCAUUGUCGGUUUCAAUGUGUAGCGGUGCUCAUGUUGUGGAGUUUCUUAGGUACCUCGAUCAGUUUGGGAAGACCAAGGUUCAUAACCAGACAUGCCCUUUCUUUGGUCUCCCCAACCCACCAGCUCCUUGUCCUUGCCCUCUUAGACAAGCCUGGGGUAGCCUCGAUGCACUCAUCGGUCGACUCCGAGCUGCUUAUGAGGAACAUGGGGGUAAACCAGAAGGGAACCCUUUUGGAGCUCUAGCUCUGAGGAUCUUCUUAAGGGAAGUCAGGGAUUUCCAGGCCAAAGCUAGAGGUGUUAGUUAUGAGAAGAAAAGGAAGAGACCGAAGCAAAAGGUGGAGCCAUCACCACCAUUAAUUGCUGAUGCCACUGCUGCAAGAAAUACUAUAUAAUUGGAACAAGAAUAGGGUCCUUUUGCAAUCAACAUAUUGCCUGAACGA